UCCACAAAGAAAGAAAAAGACAAAAAGAUGUAUUCACAAAUCUAACCUAACAAAUAACGAAUAUUUAGCAUUUAUCAUAUUAAAAGUAAAAUUAGUUCAAUAUAAUUUAGUUGAUAUAUUUAGAGGCAUUAAUUAUUGCUACGAGAGUAAAAACUACAGGAUUUAUGGAGAUUGAGAAUAUAUCGACAAGGCCUUGUUAACUUUGUAAAAUGUCAGGAAUAAAACUUCCUUCUCGUCCAGCUCCACAUCCCCCCAAAACAAGACUGCAGAAGCACAAGGAAGAUUCAAUUGAUAAAGGAGACUCAUUCAUGGAACGGUAUAAACUAUCGAGAUCUCAGUCUGCUGGACGUUUGGGAGAAACUAAAAAGCCUCCUCCUCGACCUCCCCCUCCCAUGAAGUUAUUAUUGGGGUCUAAACUGUCUUCAUCAGCUUCUUAUCAUAACCAGUUAGGCCUAACUCAACCAUUAUCUGUGCGUAAUAAGUCAGGAGGAACAGGAACUAAGAAGCUGGCAACACCAAGUGGUAUGCUGAUCGACUUCAACUCACCCCCUAGCUCACCCACUCUUACAGCUUGUUCUAGUAGUGAUGGAUUUAGCCUCAACAGUUUUGGUAGUGAUGGUCUACUGACAAGUUUCAAUAACACUAGUUCUCAGAUUGAAAGUGGUUUUGAGGACGACUUUGAUUUACUCAUGGCAUCAAAUGUGACAACACCAAGUAUUCAGGACCCGUGGGGAGAUGAUUCGUAUUGUAAUACCAGACAGACAACUCAACAGUUAACAGCUUUUGAUUUAAGCAAUGAAGACCCAAAAUACAGACAUAAAGUAACCGAUAUAUCAUUAGCAACAUCUGCAAAACCUACUAUAAUUCGAGCUAAACAUAUGAAACCUUCUAGACCUCCUCCACCCAAAUUAAGGCCUGCUUCAACACCCCCCACAUUCGCGGGUUCUCCACUGGAUGAGUGGUCUCCCCCCAUGCCUAGCUGCCCCCCUCCACCUCCCCCUCCUGAGGUCUUACAAGUGCUGGAACAAGGCCCAAGCUUACCACCGAGACCAUCAGUAUUACUCCAAGAACAUUCUGGGAAGAAGAAAUCCUACUGUAUAGCUCUUUAUGAUUAUGCUGCGGGACAUCCAGAUGACCUCUCUUUCAAGGUGAACGAUGUAAUUCACUUAAUAGAAAGAGUUAAUGAUGAUUGGAUGAGGGGAACUCUAAUGGGAAAAGAAGGUAUUUUUCCUACAAGCUAUACCAAAGUUGUUAUUCCAUUGGAGACAUCAGGAGAAGAACAGUCACAUCAGCUUAAAUAUGUUGUUGCUUUGUACACGUUCAAGCCUGAGACAUGGGAUGAUUUGCCGUUCCAGGAGGGUGAUACAAUAAAGGUUACAAAACGAAUCAAUGAUGAUUGGCUGUACGGAGAGUGCAAUGGUAAACAGGGUCAGUUUCCAGAGAACUACAUUAUGGAUGCCUCUUCACUUUUUCCGUUGCAGACAACAUACUCUUAGCACUAUAUUUUGUACCUACAUAUGUGCCUUACGUUUUUCAUUUAACUUAUUUUCAUUGAUAAUUAUUAAUUAUUAUUAUAGUAUACGCCUUACUACCAUGUAUAUAACUAUAUUACCUGAAUAAUUUUAAGUAAUGUGAUAAUAACUGUUAUAUGGUUUAUUAUAUUUAUUAAAAUAAAAAGUUAAAAUUAA